UCCCAUAGUGCAACUAUGGGAUCAUCUCUGAGUUGCUGUGGUGCAGAGAAGGUUGAUGAAGGGGUAACAUUAGUCGGAGUUAACAGUCCAUGGAGGAUAUUCUCCUAUAAGGAGUUGUAUACAGCUACUAAUGGUUUUAGUGAGGAGAACAAGCUUGGAGAAGGAGGUUUUGGAAGUGUGUACUGGGGAAAAACUACUGAUGGCCUUCAGAUAGCUGUCAAAAAGUUAAAAGCCAUGAACUCAAAGGCUGAGAUGGAAUUUGCAGUAGAAGUUGAAGUUCUCGGACGGGUUCGGCACAAAAAUUUGUUGGGUCUUCGGGGUUAUUGUGUGGGGACUGAUCAGCGCCUCAUAGUCUAUGAUUACAUGCCUAAUCUAAGCUUGCUUUCUCAUCUCCAUGGUCAAUUUUCGAGUCCAGUCCAGCUAGACUGGAGAAGGAGAAUGAAAAUCAUAAUCGGCUCUGCUGAAGGCCUACUGUACUUGCAUCAUGAGGUGACACCCCACAUCAUUCAUAGAGAUAUAAAGGCUAGUAAUGUGCUUCUGGAUUCAGAUUUUGAACCACUGGUUGCUGAUUUUGGGUUUGCAAAGCUAAUCCCAGAAGGUGUUAGCCACAUGACAACCCGUGUUAAGGGCACUUUGGGAUACCUAGCACCAGAAUAUGCCAUGUGGGGGAAGGUUUCAGAGAGUUGUGAUGUAUACAGUUUCGGAAUUCUUCUAUUAGAGAUUCUCACUGGAAAAAAACCAAUAGAAAAGCUCCCUGGUGGAGUUAAGAGGACGAUAACUGAAUGGGCUGAACCCCUGAUAAUCAAAGGGAGGUUUAAGGAUCUUGUGGAUCCAAGGCUUCGAGGGAACUUCGAUGAAAACCAACUGAGACAGGCCAUCAAUGUUGCUGCCCUAUGUGUACAAAAUGAAUCUGAGAAGCGGCCUAACAUGAAGGAAGUGGUUAGCCUUCUAAAAGGUUAUCAGCCCAAAGAAAAAGUGACCCAAAUGAGAAUGGAAAGCGUAAAAUAUGGGGAAGAAUUAUUGGCACUUGACCAAGGCAGUGAUGAUGAUGAUGAUGAUGAUGAUGAUGAUGAUGAUAAUGAUCCUGAUGAAAGCAAAGGGUAUGGCGUUUUUGGUGCCAUGGAAGUGCAGAAGAUGCCAGAACCUCGCAUUCGCCGUGGAGACAGAAGAAUUAUGUAACAUGUCCAUGAAUGAGUGGCGAGUGGCUUCACUUGCAUGAACAGAAACUUCAUUUUUCCUUUUUCAUGGAAAGAUCAAUGGUUAAGGGAAGCUCUUUUUCUGUUGUUUAUGAAUUUCUUAGUGAUGGAAGUGUGAAGAUAUAU